CCCCGAGCUGGGGGGAGGAGGAUGAGGGGUAGACGCGGUGGCGCUUGUGGUGCAGCUGCGCUUGUCUGACCGGGCCCCGCGGUCCCCGCCGCUUCCUCCGCGCCGCCCUCCGUACACUCCGCGCCGCGCCGCCCUCCGUGCGCCCCGCGCCGCGCCGCCGCCCGGGGCGGGGGUGUCGCGGAGAGUGGAUGUCUUGUGGGCACCCACGGGGCAGAGACCAGCGGACGCCAUGGGCUGCUGCAGCUCUGCCGCGCAGAGUUCCAAGAGAGAGUGGAAGCCUCUGGAAGACCACAGCUGCACAGAUGUACCAUGGCUGCUCUUAUUCAUCCUAUUCUGCAUAGGAAUGGGUUUUAUCUGUGGCUUUUCGAUAGCUACAGGAGCAGCUGCAAGACUGCUUUCGGGGUAUGACAGCUAUGGAAAUAUUUGUGGACAGAAAAAUGUCAAGGUGGAGGGAAUAGUCAACAGUGGUCUGGACCUCACGCAUAAGAAGUAUGUAUUCUUCUUGGAUCCAUGCAACAUUGAUCUAGUACAUCAGAAGAUUAAGUCUAUUGCCUUGUGUGUAUCAGCUUGCCCAAGGAAAGAACUGAAAAGUCUGGCUGAUAUACAGAAAUUUGCAGAAACUAAUGGAUCCACUCUAUGUAGCUACGAACUACAGCCAUCAGAAUAUACAACAGACCCAAGGGCUGCCAAGUUAUGUCCUAAAUAUCCUGUUCCAGAGAGUGCACCUAUUCCAUUCUUCCAUCGCUGUGCUCCUGUGAACAUUUCCUGCUAUGCCAAGUUUGCAGAGGCCCUGAUCACCUUUGUCAGUGACAGUAGUGUCUUACACAGGCUGAUUAGUGGAGUUAUGACCAGCAAAGAGAUUAUAAUGGGACUUUGCUUGUUAUCACUAGUGUUGUCCAUGAUUUUGAUGGUUAUAAUAAGGUACAUUUCAAGAGUACUUGUCUGGAUUUUAACGAUUCUUGUCAUUCUGGGAUCGCUCGGUGGUACAGGAGUCCUGUGGUGGCUCUAUGCUAAACAACGAAUGUCUGCUGGUGCUCUUGAGACCCAAAUAGCCAAAGACAAUCUUCAGGCUCUCUUGAUCUAUGCCAUUGCAGCUACAGUCUUCACGGUUAUCUUGUUCUUGAUCAUGUUAAUUAUGCAAAGAGUAGCUCUCACCAUUGCCUUGUUCCACGUGGCUGGCAAGGUCUUCAUUCACCUGCCGCUGUUAGUCUUCCAGCCAUUUUGGACAUUCUUUGUGCUUAUCCUCUUCUGGACAUACUGGAUCACAGUGCUGCUUUUUCUUGGUACUACAGGUAGUCCUGUCCCAAAUGAGGAAGGAUUUGUUGAAUUUCGGAUGGUAGGUCCUUUGAAAUACAUGUGGUGGUACCAUGUAGUAGGACUCAUCUGGAUCAGCGAGUUUAUCCUAGCCUGUCAGCAGAUGACAGUAGCAGGGGCUGUUGUAACAUACUAUUUUACAAGGGAGAAAAGAAAUCUGCCAUUUACUCCUAUUCUGGCAUCUGUUAAUCGCCUUGUUUGUUACCACCUAGGAACAGUAGCAAAGGGGUCUUUCAUUAUCACACUAGUGAAGAUACCACGAAUGAUUCUUAUGUAUAUUCACACACAACUCAAAGGAAAGGAAAACGCUUGUGCUCGCUGUAUGCUUAAAGCCUGCAUUUGCUGCCUUUGGUGUCUAGAAAAGUGCCUGACAUAUUUAAAUCAGAAUGCAUAUACAGCCACAGCUAUCAACAGCACAAAUUUCUGCACCUCAGCAAAGGAUGCCUUUGUUAUCCUAGUGGAAAACGCUUUGCGAGUGGCUGCCAUAAACACAGUUGGGGAUUUUAUGCUGUUUUUAGGAAAGGUCCUGAUUGUCUGCAGCACAGGUUUGGCCGGCAUUAUGUUGCUGAAUUACCAACGAGAUUACACCAUCUGGGUGCUACCACUCAUCAUUGUCUGCCUCUUUGCAUUCCUGGUUGCUCACUGCUUCCUUUCCAUUUAUGAAAUGGUUGUUGAUGUCCUUUUCUUAUGUUUUGCCAUCGAUACAAAAUACAAUGAUGGGAGCCCUGGCAGGGAAUUCUACAUGGAUAAAGUUCUCAUGGAGUUUGUGGAGAAUAGUAAGAAAUCUAUGAAAGAAGCUGGCCGGGGAGGUGGAGCUGAGGGCAGAGAGCUAAAACCAAUGGGCAAUCAAACCCCUGGACUGGCUUAGUGAUUUACAUUGAAUCAAGACCAACUAACAAGUGCUCCUUUUUCCAGUGGAAUGCCACCUCCUUUGAGAAUGGGAAAAGUAAAUGUGACACUGUUCAUUGUUGUCUUGAGAACUUAAAAUAUUUUAUACUGCAAGCUGUGAAUGCAGGAAGAGAAAAGAAAUUAACAGUGCUGAUCUAAUCUUAGAUUUUCUGUGUAAACUGACAUUGUGCCAGGAUACUGAUGCAAAACUGUAUUUUAGUCUAAGAAAUGUAUAGAUUUUUUAAUGUAUCAAAAUAAAGUUUUCCUUUUAAGUAAGAAAGAAAUUUCUGUAUCUUCCAUGUGGUGUGUGUAAGCCCUGCUCUUACUCAAUGCAAUACAAUCUCAUGUUCCUGAGAAGCAA